CGCGAUAUCCUGUCUGCCAGUCCAGUCUGGUCCUUCUGAAAUUGCAAUCCCCCUCAUCAGCAACAGUAGCUGCGUUUGUUUUAAUUUAAUGUUAGCACCGAACCUGUGGAGAUUCACUAUACGGGCCUCUCUAUUUACUAGUGUGUAUAGAAAAUUAGAAGUUAAUAGUAUAGCGAUAACAAUUACAAGAUACAUGUCACAUCGGCCGAAGAGACUCUGCACAGAAAACAUGUCAGCUAAAAUAAUCGGAACCCAUAAUGGCACAUUUCAUUGUGAUGAAGUACUAGCUUGUUUCUUCCUUCACCAGCUCCCGGAGUACAAGGGUGCUGAGAUCAUCAGAACAAGAGACCCUGUGGAGCUGGCCAAGUGUGACAUUGUUGUGGAUGUGGGGGGAGAGUUUGACCCAAAGAAGCAUCGCUACGACCAUCAUCAGAGGACGUUCUCUGAAACGUUCCACACCCUGUGUCCAGAGAAGCCGUGGGUGACCAAGCUGAGCUCGGCUGGUCUAAUAUAUUUGCACUUCGGAAGGAGGGUCCUGGCUCAGAUCACUUCCCUGAAGGAAGAUGACCGACAGCUGGAAGUGCUAUACGAUAAGCUGUAUGAGAACUUUGUGGAGGAGGUAGAUGCAGUGGACAAUGGUAUCUCCCAGUAUGAUGGCGAGCCUCGCUAUGCCGUCUCUACUACGCUCAGUGCCCGAGUUGGACACCUUAACCCACAUUGGAACAGCAAAAGCCAGGACACCGAGGAAGGCUUCCACAAGGCCUUGGCCAUGGUUGGAGCAGAGUUCCUGGAUCGGGUGGACUUCUACCAGAACUCCUGGCUGCCUGCUCGCGUAGUGGUGGAGGAAGCUUUAAAGAUGAGAAACCAGGUGGACCCCAGUGGUGAGGUGAUAGUGUUUUCACAGGGAGGUUGUCCCUGGAAGGAGCACCUUUUCUCCCUGGAAAAAGAGCUGAAUGUGGAGACCUCUGUUAAAUUCGUCCUCUACCCGGACCAAAACAGACAGUGGAGGGUGCAGUGUGUUCCCGCAGGACUACAUACCUUCAGUAACAGGUUGUCUCUCUUGGAGGAGUGGCGCGGGGUUCGUGACAAUGCCCUGUCAGAGUUAAGUGGGAUCCCCUGCUGCAUCUUUGUCCAUGCCGGAGGGUUCAUCGGGGGCAACGAGACCAAGGAGGGGGCUCUGGAGAUGGCCAGGAGGACCCUGCAGGCUGCAGCCAAGCCCGCAUGCAAAGAUGCCAAUGGCAGCUGACCUAGCAUUCCCGCCUGCCGUUAACGCACUCGUUCAGUCAGUCUCAGCCCUAACAGAUUCGUCAUGUUUUUGUUCUGUGAUUUGACCUGUUACUCUGCGUUGUGCUGCACAUGUUUUGUAAUAAAAGACAUAUAUUGCCUUAAA